AUGUUUUAUGCGUUGAAUCAGUUUUUCAUAUCAGGCCUCUCACAUGAUGACAUCAUAGAGAAUCGCGUCUUGGAAGCUCUGUACAGACGUAUACUGCGUGCACAUAAAGAGGAAAAGUGCUUCAAAGUUAUUGUUGUUAUACCACUCUUACCAGGAGGAUUCCAGGGGCGUAUGGAUGAUGGUGGGGCAACAACUGUUAGAGCUAUAAUGCAUUGGCAGUAUCGAUCUAUUUCAAGAGAAGAAAAUUCAAUACUAGAGAAGCUCAACUCAGUGCUUGGUCCUAAAACAGAUGAUUAUAUAUCAUUUUAUGGUCUUAGGACAUAUGGAAGAUUGGGUGAUGAUGGCCCACUUGUCACAAGUUAG